GACUCACUAAUGAGUGCUUCCCUGCCUUCCCUGUCUUCCUGCUUAGAAUGCUAUCACAGCCAGCGGGUCUACAGUGGGAGUUCGCGAUAACGCAUCGUUCGUUACAAUUGGUUCACUAUUGUUCAGCAUCCUGUCAGCAUCCUCGUUUCUAACGCAACGUUUCAAACACGCUUCUAUAAAACCCACCUUGUCAAGUCCCAUAACAUUGAUCAUCAUUACAACGAGCUUGAUGGCAGCGUUUUUCUAUGGAACGUUGUUGCAUCCGGAAAUUCUGAAACGGGUCAUCGGGAAUGAUGGCUCCCACCUAAACGUUUGUGCUGCUUUGUUGCCAGAGUAUACUCGACAUCAAGUCAAAUUGGCUGACUACCCGGGCAUUGUCCCAUAUUCGAGGAGUAAGACUAUGUUUGAUCAUGAACUCGACCUCGAGGAACGAUCAGUACGCGGGUCGCUGGUUACUGGUCUCACAGCGGCAGAUAUGAAGCUGCUAGAUAUCUUUGAGGGCGACGAAUACAUUAGAGAUUCGGUGCUUGUCCACCCUCUAACCCCACUUGUCAGCCUUGACGUCUCCGGUUCCGGUGUGGACCUGGUUCCCUCCACACCCCCUCCUGUCCCUGACCCAGCCGAUCUGGCUGAACCCAUCAAAGCGGCGACAUAUGUAUGGUGCAAGCCCUUAUCUGAGCUUCGUGCCCAGUUGUGGUCCUUUGAGGAAUUUGUCAAGUAUAACGCAUGGAAAUGGGUUGGUAAGGGGGCUGAGAGCAACAAAGACUAUGUCGAGAUAGAUAGGAGGCUGCAGAUGGAAGGUAUCAUCACCAGUAGAGGAGAAGCCAACGGAAACGAGGAAUGAUAGCCUCACCAAUCAUAUCAUUCCACUGGCAGAAUAUUUUUGCGAAUAUUACAGCAUUGAUACCUAUCUUCCAUCCAUCGGUGUCGAGGGUAAUAUAUUCACUCUCGAUUUACGUAUAUUU